ACGUGGAGUAUUUUUGUCGCGCUGUUUGCCAUUUUUGUGUACAACUACAGGUUUGCAAAGAAUAAUUCAAACGACGGAGCAGACAUGCUUAACAGUUCAUACAGCUACAUUAUUGUGGGAGCUGGAUCAGCUGGUUGCGUUCUUGCUAACAAACUUUCGGAAGAUUUAAGAUCCUCGGUGCUAAUUAUAGAGGCUGGAGGAUCGGAGGAUGAAAGUGAACUGAUGCAUAUCCCCUUCCUAUCGGGGGCCCUGCAGGCUACAAAACACGAUUGGGCUUUCAGGACAAUACCUCAAAAAUACGCAUGCUUCAAUAUGCAAGGAAAGGAAUGUACAUGGCCAAGGGGGCGUGUCCUGGGCGGAUCAAGCUCUAUAAACUAUAUGCACCACAUAAGAGGGAGUCGGCAUGACUUUGACGGUUGGGCCAAAGAGGGAGCAGAUGGGUGGAGUUACAAGGACGUUCUGCCGUAUUUUAUCAAAUCUGAAGAUAUGCAGAUACCAAGUUUGCAAAAUUCACCGUACCAUGGAAUAGGGGGUCCGCUGAUCGUUAGUGACUCAAAAGCCACGCCCCUCAGUGAUAAAGUUUACAGGCGAGGAAUGCAGGAGAUGGGAUAUGAUGUGGUAGACUGCAAUGGAGAGACUCAAAUAGGAUUUUGUCCUGGACAAGAAACAACCAAAAACAGAGAAAGAUGGAGCACCGCUAAAGCUUUCCUAAGACCAGCCAUGAUCCGCCCGAACCUUCACGUGGCUACAAACUCAUACGUAUCAAAGAUAAUGAUUAAAGAUAAGAAGGCUGUGGGAGUUUCCAUGAUUAGGAACAAUGUAAAACAUGUGAUAAAGGCAGAGAAAGAAGUCAUCAUUUCUGCUGGAGCAAUAAACUCACCUAAAAUCCUGAUGUUGUCUGGAAUUGGUCCUAAAGAGCAUCUAGAGUCAUUGGGGAUCCCAUUAGUUGCCGAUCUGCCAGUUGGAGAAAACUUAGAGGAUCAUAUAAAUGUACAUAUGUUAUUCAGAGAUAAUACAAGUUCGGCGUUUAGCCCUUCAGCCAUUUCCUUUUUGAAAUACAGUUUGUUAAAAUCAGGUCCUCUUGGAAAAACACACAUAGAAGGAAGCGCCUUUCUCAAGGACGAUGACAGUUUGCUUCCAUAUGCUCAGCUUUCAUUUUACAGCGUUUCAGGCUUUCCUUCUAUGGAUGAAGGGUUUAUCAAAACGUUAAAUUUGGAUCCAGAGGUGCUUCAAAGAAUGUAUGACGCAUCUAAGAAUAGCAGCAUCAAAGCAGGAGGGACAUUCAUUGCACUGUGUACACUGCUCCAUCCAAAAAGUAGAGGGAAAAUACGACUUCGUAGUGACGAUCCGUUUGAUUCGCCUCUUAUAGACCCUAAAUACUUAGAUCAUCCUGAUGAUAUGAAAAUGUUAUUAAAAGGAAUAAAACAACUGUUACAGUUAGCAAAUACAACAGCAUUUAGAUCCGUUGGAGCAUCACCGCUGGAUCCCUACGAUGAAUAUUUUUAUCCCCCGUGUAAAGAUCUUCCAUACGAAGCAGAUGAAUACUGGAUUUGUAGAGUAAAAUAUAAUCUGCUAGCCAUGUAUCACACAACUUCAACAUGUAGAAUGGGAGCAGCUACCGAUAAUACUGCGGUUGUUGAUCCACAACUGAGAGUAAGGGGUGUAAGAGAUCUGAGAAUUGUCGACGCUUCCGUCAUGCGCCAUGUUCCUUCCGGUAAUCCAAACGCUCCAACGAUUAUGAUUGCAGAGAAAGCAGCCGACAUGAUUCGAGAAAUUGAUAGUGUGAAACAUAUCCGAGAAAAGACUGCAAAUUUAUAGAAAAUAAAUGUCAGUUUAUAUAUUAAUGUAUGAGUGUGUGUGACAGAGAAAAAGGAAGACAGAAUUGAAUAAAUAUCAAUUGUUGGAAUGAAUUUCUGAUUUUGUACACAAUUUGAAUUAUUCUAACAUCCAAAAUGUGGGUUUUGCCAAGUUUACAAUGUAUAAUACCAAUUUGUCCAAAUGUGUCAUGUUAACAAAUCAUAGUUUCAAAAAUAUUUAUAGAGUUCUGCAAGAUCAACAAGGAACAAUUUGUAAACAGGACCUGAUAUUUUUACAGACUUUAUCAGAAUUCUUGAAAUCAUGGAAAUAGAGAAUUUGAUUGCUACUAUUAUUGUGUAAGGAGUCUAAGUAAUCACUAUAUUUAUUUGUUAGGUGACUCGGGUGAGCAU